UACAAGCAGUAUGGCAGCUCCCGUGAACAGUGUGGGUAAACCCUCGGCUGAACGUUCACCGUUCAAUAUUACAAGUUUUCAGAAGAAAACAAGGAGCAAGUUAAUCUCCAUACCUGGCACCAGACCUUCGGUUCAAAAUGGACAACUCUUAGUUUCGACCGGUGUCACGUCACUCGACUAUCUGCUCGGUGGUGGGUUAGCAGUCGGAACAGUACUUCUUAUAGAGGAAGACCGAUAUGAUAGCUACUCUCGUAUGAUCUUAAAGUACUUCCUGGCAGAGGGAGUGGUGUGUCGACAUGAGCUCUUUGUGGCAGCUGCCCAAGAUAACCCAGAUGACAUCUUCCAGGAACUCCCAGCUCCCAUCUUGGACGAUGUUGCUAUUCACAAACCAUUGGAGCAGCACAGGCUGUCUUGUGAACCUCAGGACAGCUUAGAUGCCAUGAAGAUUGCUUGGCGCUAUCAGAAUCUUCCAAAAGUACAGAGUGCCCUGGCAUCCUCAUCCCGUUUCGGGCACUACUAUGACGUCUCCAAGACGAUGGAGCCAGAAAUUCGCCAGGCAGCCAAGUGCCACCGCUUCUACCUUCCAGAACAUCCCACCCAGUCAUCACCCACACACAGUACCAUGCUGGAGUCCUACUCUGCGUUGCUGAAGACACUUCAAGAGGUGAUAGAUAGGGAGGGCUUUGAUGUAGCAGCUCCCAUGUCAAAGUCACGUAACAUCCUGCGAAUUGGGCUUCACUCUCUCGGCUCAGCUCUGUGGGGCGAUGACCUGUGUUGCCGUGACAACCCUACAAGCGGCCACGCCCUCACCACCUUCCUCUAUGGACUGCGUGCUUUGCUGAGGUCAUCGCUGUCAGUUGCGGUGGUCACUGUGCCUUCACAUCUCAUCCAGGACAGAGCUCUAAUGGGCAGCAUAACCAGGCUAUGUGACAAUGCCAUAGCCCUGGAAUCAUUCAAAGGCUCAGAGAGAGAGACCAACCCACUCUACAAAGAUUACCAUGGCCUGCUACAUGUACGCCAAGUACCUCACCUGAACUGUCUGGCAAGUAAACUCCCUGACCACAAGGACCUGGCCUUUAAGCUCAAGAGAAAACAGUUCAGUAUUGAGAGACUGCAUUUGCCUCCAGACUUGUCUGAGACGGUGAGUCGUGUGAGCAGGGGGGAGCUGGCAGGAGCAGCCACGCUGGCUUCAGGCUGUGGCUCCGGCACUUCCGGCAACAAACACCUGGACUUCUAGAGCUCCCACACAGUCGCCACGGGCAAUCAAUACCUGGAACGCCGCGGCGAUGUCCUCUUUACCGUGGUGACUAGGUUGUUCCCUCGCCCACAUAAUGUCAACCGCUAUAACCCUGCCAGCCAUUACCACCUGCCAACUGUCCCAGCCAGGGGUGAAGAUCUAAACAUCCACAGUACCUCGUCUCAUAACGGACACUUUUCAUCCUAUAAGUCUUUUUUAUAUAAAGCUACAGUAAACUCUGUGCGUUAUUUCUAACUCUUGACAGCUGAUAUUUGCACAUUCCAAGCUGUCACGGGAAGUUCAUUUAACUUAUUGUUAUUGGCCAUGUUUUUAUACCCAGAGGUUUUUUUUCACUGUAAGUUUAAAAAAAAAUGUGAGCCCUAUGUUAUUUGGAAAUGUUAAAUGAAGGCAUAUGAUUGGCAGGGUGACUAGCACUUGACCCAAUUAAAAGAUGGAGGAAUUAUUUAAGAUUUGGUACAUUUUGUUUGUUUUUUUGUGUGUUCCUCUGCCUCUGAGGAUUUUGAUUACAAGUGAAGUGCAAUCAUGAAAUAUUGACCCUCAGUUUAACUACAGUCUCCCAAGCUCCAGGCCUACUUCACAAAACAAGUGGUAACUCCUGCCUAGCUCCACCAUGUACAAUAUUGUUUUAUUUUUGAGGAUAAUGCAAAGAGAUGUGCUUUUGUUUGGUUAAAUAAAAUAUAAUAAAUGCAAAGAAUGCAAAA